CGUUCCACACGAACUGUGUUGGAGCCCUGAAGUUUUCUUGCAAAUGAGAAGUCAUCUGGCCAUUCAGUAAUUGAAAUGUUUAUUUUCGAACCGAAGUGAAUAAGAUAAUUGUUGAAAAUGGCCCAAAAUCGGGAGAUGAUACUUGCCAAUUUCCAGGCUUGCACUGGACUGGAUGAUGUUGGAGAAGCAAUUUUUCACUUGGAGGAAGCACAAUGGGACCUGCUUGCUGCUGUCAAUAGAGUUAUUCCUCAAGAAGCUCAAGAAAUUGUACCAGAUGCUGUGGCUGUGCCAAACCACAUUCCUGUCAAUAACUUGAUGGAAGAGCCGAUGGAUGUGGCGGGACCAAUUAAUAAUCCCUUUGAUCCUUAUGUUCCACCCUCACCACCCCAGGCAUCUCCCUUUAUUGAACCAGAGUCUGCCAGAGACUUCUCUGUAAUAAGACCUCCCAUGCGGAAUUUGGAUUUAGAUAUGCCAGAUAUCAUGCCAUCUACUUCUCGUGGUAGUGCAAAUUAUUACACUAUUAAAGUCCAAAGUGGUAUCAUUGAAAGUUCAUAUGAGACUUCUGAAUCAAGCACAGUUGCUCAUCUUAAGAACCUCAUUUAUCAGAGAACUAACAUACCCCCCAAAAAUCAGUGGCUUACUGGAUGCAGGGAGCUACAGCAAGUGGAUGAUGAUAAUAUUCUAUUGAAGUCACUGGGUAUUCCGAAAGAGUUAAAGUUACGCCUGGAAGACAGUAGAAGUUAUCGUGCACGGCACACAGCUACUAGUGAUGAGUCAGAUACACCCAAUCCCAUGUCAAGGACUUAUAUUUUAAAUGUGACACAUGAAAAGAAGAACUCCAAAAAGACUUAUUGUUUGCCUUUUCCUGGAUCUCACACAGUUCUCCAAGUGAAGAAUGAUGUGUAUACUUUCACUGACAUACCUGCAAGGCACCAAAUCUGGUCUGGCUGGCCACAUGACACUACUGAUACAAUUAUGCUGUGUGAAGCAAAUCUGAAUCUCCCUGAGCAUACCUUAACUCUUACUAGCACUUAUGAUAGUGCUGCUUCUAAUUCUGCUUCUCGUGCAAAGGUCUCAAAGUUAGGAGCAGAUCAGUUGAAUAAAAAUGAUGAAAGUGAUGCCUCAUCUGAAGAAUUUGAGGAUGCGACCGAAUCAUUACCUGAUGAUGAAGAUCAAGAAAUAUUUAUCGAUGAGAUGCCUUCAAACAAGCUUCGUCCAUUAGUUCCUCCUGAUGCGACUGAUGAGAUGGCAGGAGCAAUUAAUUUUGGUGAAGAAUUCACCAACAGAUAUGGCACAGCUUAUCCUGCAUUUUAUCCUGGUUCACUUGAUGACGCUAUCAAAGACUCCUGUCUCAAGCCUGCAAGAGAUAGAAAGCUGCUUGCAAUGUACAUUCACAACGACAAAAGUGUUUUAGCCAAUGUGUUUUGCACACAACUACUUGGUGCAGAAUCUGUUCGUGGCGUACUUUCAGAUAGUUUUGUGGUUUGGGGGUGGGAUAUAACUCAUCCUUCAAAUAAGACAAUGUUUUUGAACUCAGUAAACCGUUGCCUAGGUAAUUUGGCUGGGCAAAAUAUAUUUUGUAUAUCUGAAGACAAGUACCCUAUUCUUGUUAUCCUCAUGCGAAACCGCUUAAACACUGAGAUAUUUAGGAUCGUUCAUGGUAAUACUGGUGUGAGUGAGCUGUUGACUUGUUUACUUGAAGCAAGUGAUGUCUUUAGUCAUCAGCAAUCUAUAGAUCUCAAAGAUGAAGAGGAGAGAGCAGCUCGAGAGAUGAUCAAGGUAGAACAGGACCGGGCCUACCAAGCUUCCCUAGCCAUGGACAGAGCUAAAGAAGAAUCUAAAAAGCAACAGGAGUUGUAUGAGGAACAGGAGCGUGAGCGUAGCCAGCGAGAAAGAGAAGAACAAGAAAACAUGCAAGAGGCUGUCCGCCAACAGCUUGAAAAUCAGCUGCCUCCAGAACCAGAGCAAGGAUCAGGGGACACCAUUAUCAAGAUACGUUACAAAUUACCUGAUGGUGGUACUAUUGAUAGACGUUUUCUCGCCAAAGAAAAACUUAAGUAUCUUUUAGACUUUUUGACGGUGAAAGGUUACCCUAGUGAAAACUACAAAGUUAUUGCUUAUCCUAAACGUGAUCUAUCUCCCUUUGACCAUCAGAUGUCUUUGGCAGAAUUGAAGCUCAGCCCUCAAGAAACACUAUGGGUUGAAGAACGAUAGUGUUAGUUUUUGGAAGCCUGCAUAUAUUUGGUUGACUUAUGACAGCACUCAAUUUUCAUGUCAACUGCAUCAAAUUUAAUGUCUCACCUUUUUGAAAAGAAAAUGUUACCUGGUGCCCAUGUUCUUCAUGGUCUCCAUUGUGAUGAGUUACUGACUUCCAGCCUCGGAGUCUGUUUCUGAGCACACCUCUACCUCUAUUUUUAUUUUUUUCCAGUUUAUCCAAAGUGAUGUUGAAGAAAUGUGAAUAAAUUUUUUUGAAUGUUU